AUGCUAUCAGAUGGAAGAAUUGUUGCAAUYAAGAAAUCCAAAAUAGUGGAUGAAAGUCAACUUGAGCAAUUCAUUAAUGAGGUUGUCAUAUUUUCCCAACUCAAUCAUAGGAAUGUGGUUCAACUAUUAGGAUGCUGUUUAGAAACAGAAAUUCCUCUAUUAAUUUAUGAAUUCAUCUCUGGUGGAACACUUUUCCACAAUAUCCAUAAUGAAAACGAGGAUUUUCCAUUGUCAUGGGAUGACCGCUUAAGAAUUGCUACAGAAGUUGCAGGAACAAUUGCUUACUUACAUUCAGCAGUUUCCAUGCCUAUAUACCAUAGAGACAUAAAAUCUUCAAACAUUCUCUUGGAUGAUAAACGUAGAGCUAAAAUAUCAGACUUUGGGACUUCAAGGACAAUUGCAAUUGAUAAAACCCACUUAACUACAUUGGUGCAAGGGACCUUUGGAUACUUGGAUCCUGAGUAUUUCCCAUCAAGCCAAUUCACAGAGAAAAGUGAUGUUUAUAGUUUUGRUGUUGUUCUUGUGGARCUCCUAACAAGAAAGAAACCAAUAUCUUCUACUAGAUCAACAGAAGGGGGAAGCUUAAUCACAUAUUUUGUUUCUUUGAUAACUGAGAAUCGACUUUUUGAGAUUCUUGAUGCUCAUAUCAUAAAAGAGGAUAGAAAAGAGGAGCUACAAGAGGUUGCCAACCUUGCAAAAAGGUGCUUGAGUUUGAAUGGCAAAGAAAGAACAACAAUGAAAGAAGUUGCAUUAGAACUUGAGGGAUUGAAGAGACAUAGAAGAUAUUCUCAAGUUCAAAAGAACAUUCAAGAGGUGCAGUUCAUCAUAGAAGAACCAUUAGGUUUAUGGGAUACAGGUUUAAUAUCAGCUGGACAUAAAAGUUUGGAGAGUGGUGCCAUAUUGCAACUAGAUGAACAACCACUAUUGGUUAAUCCAUCCUCUCAAUCAUCUUAA